GAAACAGAUCAUGGAACCAGCAGAGGAAGAAAAGGCCCGGAAAAGUUAUAAGAGAUCGGCCCUUCAAGGGCCAAGACCUCCUCCAUUGAAGAUUUCUAAGGCGGGUAUUGAAAAAAUUGGUAUGAGCAAGCAGCAGCAGCAUCAGGAGCAGCCGCCACAACAGCAGCAGCAGAGACAGAGGCAGCAGCCUGUAAUCAUUUAUACACGAUCUCCAGAGGUGAUUCACACAAAACCCCAGGAUUUCAUGCAAUUGGUGCAACGUCUGACAGGCCCAUCAUGCAGCAAGAAGAAGAAAAAGAAAAAGUCAAGAGAGAAAACCCGUUCUCAGGUAAUGCCUGAACCCCAUCUGACCACCUUUAAAUCUCCCUCUGAAUUCAUUAGCACCACUAUCACUACCACCACCACUACUUCAUCUGUGUUUCCUUCUUUUCCUGCUCCAGCAAUCACACCAUCUCAGUUGUAUUCAGGCCUGCUGUCACCCUUCCCAAUCUCUCCUCUUCCUCCGUUCUCCCCAAGUUUGUUCACCAUAUCCCCUUUGAGGUAUUCUUAUUCUCCUCUGCAGUUUUUGGAUACACCUUCUUAUUUUACCUCUUGUGAUCAGAUAUUUCCCCCUCCUGUCAAGGACACAGACCAGUCCAACAAUGUCCCAUAGGGUUUAGGCUUUUUUUUGUUUUUAUAUUCAAAUAUAGAUAAAGAAAUUCUAGUGAUUUUCCCUGUAAUUAAUUUUCAUGUCAA